AUGUGCCUGGUUUUCUCCAAGGGCAACUGUGCUGAGAAUACUGCGAAGAAGUUUACUAUUUCACGAGAGGAACAAGACACUUAUGCCAUAGGCUCUUACACUAAGAGCAAAACAGCCUGGGAUUCAGGAAUAUUGAAAAAUGAAAUCGUUCCUGUCACUAUCUCAAAAAAAGGAAAGCCAGAUACAGAAGUGAAAGAAGAUGAAGAAUACAAACGUGUCGAUUUUAGUAAAGUUCCAAACCUGAAAGCUGUUUUCCAGAAAGAAAAUGGAACAGUUACAGCUGCUAAUGCCAGUACUCUGAAUGAUGGAGCGGCUGCUCUGGUGCUGAUGACUACAGAGGCAGCCAAGAGACUGAAAGUCAAACCAUUGGCACGGAUAGUAGCUUUUGCAGAUGCUGCUGUUGAUCCCAUUGACUUCCCAAUUGCACCUGCAUAUGCUGUUCCCAAGAUUCUAAGUGAGACAGGCCUGAAAAAAGAAGAUAUUGCAAUGUGGGAGAUCAACGAAGCAUUCAGUGUUGUGGUGCUGGCCAAUAUUAAAAUGCUGGGUAUUGAUCCACAAAAAGUAAAUAUUAAUGGAGGUGCUGUCUCUCUUGGACAUCCAAUAGGAAUGUCUGGAGCAAGAAUUGUUGUUCACAUGGCCCAUGCGUUGAAACAAGGACAAUAUGGUCUUGCAGGAAUUUGCAAUGGAGGAGGAGGUGCUUCUGCAAUAUUGAUAGAGAAGUUGUAGGUCCAAAUAGUGUUGGAAACAAGCCCUAAACACUCUCUGAUCAAAACAAUGUGUGGUACCUGUUACAUCUUAUUUAUCAAUAAGUAAGUGGAUGAAUUCCUUAAUUGCUAUUCUAAAAUUUCUUAAAACAUCAUUGAUUACUGAUGCAGACAACUGGGCUUUUAUUACUUUGACUCAAUGCAAGUUUUUAUACAGUACAAAUAAAAAAUGUCAAAUUAUGAUAAUGUCUUGAGACCCGAGAAUAAAGAAUGUUUGUUAACU